AUGCUCAAAAGUUGUGCUCAACUAUAUUCACAAUAUAGAAUACUAAUGAAAUGGCUCUCCUAUAUAAAUAGUGGUAGACUAGACUGUUUGAAUCCGUUGAAUAGGGUUUCUUCCAAGUUUACCUACAAUUACAUCAACAUUAGUUAUGAAGGCCUCUUUAUUUUUUGGUUUGAUUUUUUUGACAGCCUGCAAUGCAACGUCUGUAACUACAAAAACGCCAUUAGCUACAUCUGAAUCAAAAGAAGGCUUAAGUAGAAGCCCUAUUUUUGACACAAAACUAGUUGGCAAGAGAACUGAUGACUUAGCUGUCCCGUUGUUUGGGGAUUAUGAGACUAGUGACAAUGUUUAUAAACAGUUUGAGGAAGAAGCAUAUGAAGACGAAGAUGAAUAUUUGAAGGGAAAAACAUUUGGUCGUUUAGCUAAAAGACUUUUUGGGUUUGGCUCCUCUGGAAGAGGUAGUAGCUCAUCAUCGCAAUCUGGGGGAAGAUCAGGAGGCUCUUCAUGGUUUGGAGGAGGUUCAAGAGGUUCAUCAGGCUCCAGAGGUUCAAGUAGUUCAGGAUCUUCAGGCUCCAGAGGCUCUAGAGGCUCUAGUGGAUCUAGUGGAUCUAGUGGCUCACGCUCGUCAGGAAAGGGUGGUAAUUCUGGAUCCGGUGGUUCAAGAAGUGGUGGUUCUAGAGGUUCAGGUUCAGGAUCUAAUAGAUUAAGUGGGAACAAUGGUGGCUCAAGAGGUUCAAACGGUGGAUAUGGACCAGGCUAUGGUUCGAAUGGAGGUUAUGGACCAGACUAUUCAGGCCGUAGAGGUAGUGGUUGGAGAAACCCAGCUCUUGCUGGGGCAGCAGCAGGUCUUGGAUACUAUUAUAUCUGGCAUCAUGAUAGAUAUGGCCAUUCUCAUAUUGUUAGAACAGAGACUCGUUAUCUUGCUGAAAAUGUUACAUUCACUUCAGCCAUUUUUGAGAACGGUGGAGUAGCUACUUCAUUUAGGGCAUUGAAUGUAGCCAAAACUGAUGAUUAUAAUUAUUGGAAAAAAUUGAUGCCCUCUUUUAUAGUUUGCAUUGCUACAAUCUUGAUUUCUUGUAUGUGA